GACGGAGGCGGCGCCACUUCCUCUCGAGCUGUGACCGGGCGGUUGGUGUUGGUGCUGCUCCUGACUCACCGCUGUUCGCUCGCUCUCCGCGUCCCAGCCGGACAAGUCGACGGAUAAGUCGGUCAGGAAGUCAUCAUGGCAUUUAAAGAUGCUGGCAAAGCACCCGUAGAACAGGAGGUUGCAAUCCAUCGCAUUCGAAUCACUUUGACCAGCCGGAAUGUGAAAUCACUUGAGAAAGUUUGUGCUGAUCUAAUUCGUGGUGCCAAAGAGAAGAACCUAAAAGUCAAAGGACCUGUUCGCAUGCCCACCAAGACUCUGCGUAUCACAACAAGAAAGACUCCUUGCGGUGAAGGUUCCAAAACCUGGGAUCGUUUCCAAAUGCGGAUCCACAAACGCCUAAUUGAUUUACACAGUCCAUCUGAAAUUGUGAAACAGAUCACCUCCAUCAGUAUUGAACCUGGUGUUGAGGUAGAGGUUACUAUUGCCGAUGCUUAAAUGUCUAAUGAAAUGCAAUAAAAAAUAAAACCCUACUGUGUUUUCCAAA